AUGCACGAUGGGCGCGCCGCAGCAGGGGGAGCAGCCGCAGGAGCACAAGGGGGUGCGGAGGGGCAGCGCGCGGCAGGUGGAGCGCGGGGCGGCGAGGGGGAAAGGGGGGGAGGGGUGGAGGGCGAGGAGGGGUGUGAGGGAUGGGAAGAAGGCGGAGGGUGGGAGGAGGAGUACGACACGGCCGACCCCUUCAUUGACGACUCCGCCCUCAAGGAGUAUUUUUCCUCCAACCGCAAGGCAAAGCGAGUGGGCUUCUUCGUCAACCGAUCCGACUCUCAGCAUUCACCCCCCAGUCCUGCCUCGCCUGGCGGGUCGCCAUCAGCGCCAGCGCGGGCAGCAGGGGGGGCAUCAUUGAGAGGCACGCUGCGGGGCGUGAAGCAGGCGGCCAGGGCGGCAGGGGGGGCGGUGGCAGGCAGGGGCGGGCAGGGCAGGGGCGGGCAGGGCAGUGGCGGGCACAAGGCGCAGCGCCUGCCAGCGCUGGGCGUGCGGCGCAGGGGGGCUCUGAAAGGGGGGGUUGGAUUGGGGCAUGGGGGCCGGGGGUCAGGCGUGGGGCUCAUGAUGAUUGGCAUGCGUGGCAGGGGCAGGUGCGGAGGGAGGGGGCGCGGGAGAGGGCAAGGAAGGGGAACGGCGCGUGGUGCUGCCACUGCUAACGCUGGUGGCGCUGGUGGUGGAGCAGAUGAGGCGAGCACUGCCCUGGCAGCUGCUGAACCGCAUGCCCUCUCACAGCAGCUGUCACAACAGCAGCAGCAGUAG